AAGACGAACUCGGUGAACUCUUUCCGGUUCGUUCCCCUACGCCCGUUUCUCUCUCGUCGCGCAACAUCAGAGCACAAGCGAGGAACCCAGUCCAGUCCCGGGAAUGGAGUGCGUAUUGGGCGUGGUUGGCCGCGACUUCGCGCUGGUGGCGGCCGACACCUCCGCCGUGCAGAGUAUUCUCGUCCACAAGACCGACGAGGACAAGGUGAUGGUGCUCGACUCGCAAAAGCUGAUGGGCGCUUCAGGGGAGCCUGGUGAUCGGGUGCAAUUUACGGAGUUCAUACAGAAGAACCUCCACCUGUACCAGUUCCGGAACACCAUCCCGCUCUCAACCGCCGCCGCCGCCAACUUCACACGCGGCGAACUCGCCACAGCCCUUCGCAAGAAUCCAUAUAUGGUCAAUAUUAUUCUUGGUGGUUAUGAUAAGGAUGUUGGUGCUUCCCUCUACUACAUCGACUACAUUGCAACCUUGCACAAAAUUGACAAAGGUGCUUUUGGGUACGGAUCAUACUUCUGUUUGUCUCUUAUGGACAAGUUGUACCACCCGGACAUGACUGUUGAGGAAGCAGUAGAUCUUGUUGACAAGUGCAUCAAGGAGAUUCGGCUGCGAUUGGUUGUCGCGCCUCAGAACUUUGUUAUCAAGAUUGUUGACAAGGACGGGGCGAGGGAGUACGCCAGGCGUGAACUCGUCGGUGACAAUGCACCUGCUGAAGCUGCAACCGCAGUUGUUGCUGCCUGAGGCAUGAACUCGUUUGAGGUUGGAAUGUGUUAGUUGUUUCUCAGCGAUGCUACUUAUGCGAUCACAGGAUACUGGUGGGGGGCCCACAACUGUUUUAUCAAUUUUAGCCCAGUCGUGUAAUUCUGUUUCUGCACUAUUCAUGUCUGCUGAGUACAAGUAGUGUUUCACGCUUGAACAAA